AUGAUUUGUUGUGGCAGAGAGCACUCUGAGGAAAGGAAUUGUUAAUCUAGAUUGGAAGAACCAAGAUGGACGAUCAUCUUCCAAUUGCACGCGCCAGUGGAGUGUCGAAAACCCUAAAUUCAAGUUUAGUAACCCGUAUUCUCCGAUACGAAGAUUGGACCCUGCAGCAUCCUGAUUCAGGUCACUGAAGGAAUACUCUUUUCGAGGAUCCAAUUGAAGACUUGCGCCACGCCUUCAGAAUCUUUUACGUUUUUUCUUCUUCAACUCCUCUGAGCAGCGCUUCGGAAAAGCAGCCCCGGACGCUUCUGGACAUCAUCCACCGCUCUUUGUCCAUGAAUGCAACGUCUUUUAAAAGCAGGGUCGUGCCAUCUAUACGCUUAACGUUCGGCCUGGCUACAACCAUGUAUCUCUUCAAAAUUCUAUGCACCCUUCUCUUUGGCGUAGUUGUCUGCGUUGCGCAUCCUAGCAUCGUCAAACCGCGCAACGGCACCCGAAUUGAUCCCGGCCAGCAAUUCGACUUUGAAUACCAGUCCAUCGCAGAUUACGACAUUUCUGCCUAUAACUUCACAGUGUGGCUCUUCACUUCGCGUCCUUCAUUGUUCCACGCUACCGAGGACUUUGCUACUGGGUCAUACAUGGGCCGUUACUCGAUGCGCAAUCAUCCCGGAAAUGAUUAUCCGCACAACCUUCCUCCACCUUACCUGACAAUGCCCAACUUUGAAGAUCUUCCUGUGGGCUUCGGUGUUGGAGAGCCAUGCGAGGAUAGGAAGAUUUAUUUGGCGGUAAUAGAAGAGUACGCCACUGGCGAGGCUGCCGUGGGUUUAAGAAUGAGCUUGUCGAUGAACCAUAUCAUCUACAACGCGACAACGCGAUUCCGAGACUUGCUUCAAUGAUUUGACCGUCUAACAGAAAUGGCCCCUUGGAGGAGGGCAACAAUGAUUCCAUUGCUACUUUUCCUUCCAACGGUCAAUGAUUGUAUACUGAGCCAAUUAAUCGCUUGAAAUUUCGUAUCACGUAGUAUUAGUAUCACAGCGAUAAAUUUCACGAUUGCGAAGGCAGCGAGUACAAUUGUUUCUAAGAAUAUGUACUUUGCCAGAUCGAUGAAAAUUACCUCCUCGGAACUCAGUUGUAAGUUCCCCUUGUAUACUUUAAAGGAC